CCCCGCCCGGCGCUCCCGCGCGCACUCGGCCGCCGGAGCGCUUCACAUGCUCUUCCACCGCAGCCAAUACCUUAAGCUAGUACCUGGAUUCACACAUCCCAGGCGGAGCCUGCCUCCCGCCCCCAGGUCCCCAGCCCCCCACUGAGCUCACUCACCGAUCUUCUGCCCUGGAAUCUGAACCUGAGCUCAGGAAAGAAUCUGCUAACUGCCUACACUGUAAGCUUUAAGCAAAGGAAUGAAACUUCCAAGGUGGCAUUUGAAGCACAAGAGAGCCAGUACAGAAGGAAUUUGAGGAUAUUAAAAUGUCUGACGAUGCCGGUGACACCUCAGCCCCUGGAGACAAAGCAGAAAUUCCCAAGAUGCCCAAUAGCAAGUUGUUACUCAAAGAGACAGAAGUUCACUGUGAUUCAGCUACGAUUUCAGAUGAGCCGACACCAGCUGAUGCCAGAGGAGAUGGGCACGAAAAUGCAACCAUUCAGUGUGCAGAGACUGCGGACCCUGGCCCCCCUGAGCAGCCCCAGUGCAGCGGUGCCGUGCAGCAUCCUCCCCACGGAGAAGUAACUGAGGAUGCACUUGCUGAAUGCAUUGACUCCAUCAGCCUCGAAGCAGAACCUGCGUCUGAAAUACCCCUGAAAGAGCAGAAUAAUCCGGCUGUGGAUUCCCCUUCACGUGGAGGGGGAUGGGCAGGCUGGGGCUCCUGGGGCAAAUCUCUGCUCUCGUCAGCAUCUGCCACUGUAGGUCAUGGAUUGACAGCAGUCAAGGAAAAAGCAGGAGCCACCCUACGGAUUCAUGGUGUAAAUUCCAGCUCUUCUGAAGGGGCCCAACCUGAUACCGAAAGUGGAGUUCCUCAAACAGAUGUGGCCACAGAUCAGAGUCCCGUAGAAAGCCCACCCACUUCUCCCUCAUCCGGGUCUCGGGGCAUGCUGUCUGCCAUCACCAAUGUGGUUCAAAACACAGGUAAAAGCGUCUUAACGGGAGGUCUGGAUGCUCUGGAAUUCAUCGGUAAGAAAACCAUGAAUGUCCUUGCGGAGAGUGACCCAGGCUUCAAGCGGACCAAGACACUCAUGGAGAGAACCGUUUCUUUAUCUCAGAUGUUGAGAGAAGCCAAGGAGAAAGAGAAGCAGAGGCUGGCCCAGCAGCUCACGGCUGAGAGGACCGCACACUACGGGAUGCUGUUUGAUGAGUAUCAAGGUUUGUCACAUCUGGAAGCCCUCGAAAUUCUGUCCAAUGAAAGUGAAAGCAAGGUUCAGUCAUUUUUAACAUCACUUGAUGGAGAGAAGCUAGAACUCUUAAAAAACGACCUAAUUUCCAUUAAAGACAUCUUUGCAGCCAAAGAAUUAGAGAAUGAAGAAAAUCAAGAAGAACAAGCCUUGGAAGAAAAGGGAGAAGAAUUUGCUAGCAUGCUUACAGAGCUUCUCUUUGAAUUACAUGUUGCAGCCACUCCUGACAAACUGAAUAAGGCCAUGAAAAAAGCUCAUGACUGGGUAGAAGAAGAUAAAGCUACCGCGUCCAUAGAUAUGGCAGAAGAGGCGGAAGACAACAGCAAAAAGGAAGAAAGGGAAGAGAAACCAGAAAAUCCCGAAGAAGACAAAAAGGAAGAAAGGAGAACUCAGACAGUUGAGGAAGUAUACAUGCUGUCCAUCGAAAGUCUGGCAGAAGUAACAGCACGUUGCAUCGAGCAGCUGCAUAAAGUAGCAGAGUUAGUUCUUCAUGGGCAGGAAGAAGAAAAACCGGCUCAGGACCAAGCCAGAGUUCUGAUAAAAUUAACUACUGCAAUGUGUAAAGAAGUGGCCUCCUUAUCAAAGAAGUUUACAAAUUCCUUAACCACUGUUGGGAGCAACAAGAAGGCUGAGGUCCUAAACCCCAUGAUAACUAGUGUAUUGUUGGAGGGCUGCAAUAGCACGACCUACAUCCAGGACGCCUUCCAGCUGCUGCUGCCCGUGCUGCAGGUGUCACACAUCCAGACCAGUCGUUCGACAGCACAGCCGUGACCUGGCCAGACUCCCGUCUCGGGAAAGAGAAGGGCAGGCCACAGGGCUUUGUUGCAUGCCGGUAGAAGACAUGUUCUCUGAGGAUCCGGCCACAGACACCCCUUUGAGGACUCCACAAGCAAUUUUGCACAGAGGAUACGGAGAACGCAAGUUGAGAGGGAAUUCUCUUAAUGUAUAUGGUUGUCUUUCCAAAUAAGUGUGUCUCCUUUAUGUUAAUUUAAGUUUACAUGGCUUUAUACUGAUAGUUUCCUUUAAUUUGAAGUUCAUUCACCAAUAUGCAUUGCCAUUUUCCUGGUCAAGCAUGCUGUAUUUAGAAACUCAUAGGUAGAUCCUAGACUUUUUAUUUAAUCCUUUAAAUUCCCACCUUAAAAUGUCCCAUUCUUAUGGUAUUACUUUAAAUCAAAUCUUAUACUGAACUUAGUUUUGUUAUAUAAAUAUCAUGGGCAAAGCUAACACUACUUAUAGAUAUUACCUAUUAUAGUGAAAGAGAAACGUAAGUAUCUCUUUAUACUAAUUCAUUCUGAAAACAAGUUUUUGUUGAACUCCUACUGUGUGCUCACAAUAGAGGAACAUGAUCCCAACCCAGUAAACACAGACACUCUAAGUAAUCUUUAUGCCCAAUGCGGGGCUUAAACUCACAACCCUGGGAUCAAGUUGCAUGUUCUACAAACUGAGCCAGCCAGGCGCCCCUAGACAGAUGCUCUAAAAGAGGGUUCAUUAAUAAUCCUUAAAAUGCUUAAAAAUACUAAUACAUUUUCCAAACCUUCAAAGAUUUGAUGAGCAAGGUAAAACUAGUGGGUUUUUUUGUUUGUUUUUAAUAUUCUGCUCUUUGAUAUAUUCUUGUAUUUUUCCACACUCCUUGGGCUUUUUAAUCCCAAACUUUAUAUAUAGGGUGAAAAUAUAUGUGACAUGGGAGUACUAAAGAGUAUUCGGUUUAAACUAGACUUUUCUGACCAUAAGUACAUGAUAGCGUAAUUUCAAUGCCUGGAAAUAUCCGAAUAGAAAAUUAAAGGGAUUUAUUUCAACACGACAGACCCCCAGACUGCAUCUUUAACUCUGAGUCAAGCUGUUGUAUGAAGACACAGAUCACACUCCCCAGUGGGAAAUACCAUCAUUGCUUCUAAAGGGCAGGAAAUACUAAUGUGGGGCUUGACUCACUGGUAGACUGAUCCAUAACGGACUGCACAGAAGACCGUGGCCAGGAGAGGCAUUUCCUGUGAGCACUUCUCCUGAGCCCCAUGCACCCAUUGGUGGGGGAGGAGCGUUCAGCUGAGCCCCGUCAGCAUCCUGACAGGCACUGUCACAAGAUGUCUUACUCCAUGGUUCUCUCUAAAGCAAAUGAAGCUUGUACUUUUCUAGGGGUGAAAAUCCUUUGUUCACAGUUGCUUCGAUUCCCCUGAUAGAGUAGACUGCCUAUGUUCCGUGCAGGCAAAGUAGGAAUAUUUUAAUAUGCUAUGUCUUAUUAGCAUUUUAUUUGUGUCCUAUAUUUCAUUUUGUGUAUCUCCUGAAACAGCUAAAUAGAAAACAUAAGAAUAAUUAUUUGCAAUCUGGAAAAGAACUCUCUGAGAAAUGAAUUAAAGAUAUUUUUUCUCUUGUUU